ACACCUGGACGGGCGAACGCACCUGCCGGAAAACCCUCCGCCCGGACUUUGCGCACGUUUCUGUUCCGGCUUUGCGCACGUUCCCGGAGCCAGGACGACGGCUCGCUCGGGCUCGCGGGUUCGGGGCAGUGAGGGGUUCGACCGCAGAGCCAGCUGAAGACUCUAGACUGGAAAAUCAACAAACGCAGGCCACAAACAAAUCUUGGCGGCGCAGUGAGACAUCCCUAAACACCUGCUCACAGAGUAACACCUGUUCUCUCGAGACAGAACCAAAAAAAGGAUAGAAAAGAAUAUAUCGCGUCGAACAAACAUGUCUGAGGAACAUGUUUUCGUCCCAUUGGCAAACGGAGAAGUAGCGUCUUCUACCGGUACCAGCAGUGGUCCUGAUGUCCAACCACAAAUAUCAGAAGGCGCAGAUCAGCAAGGUCAAGGCAGCCAAGGCAUGGAGGAGGAGGAAAGAGUCAAGGAAAGAAAAAUGGAGGAAGAAGAGUUAGAGGAGGAAGAAGAUGACAGUCCAGAGGAGGAAGAGGAGGUCACCGGCUCCGCUAUGCUAGAGCCAAGCACCCUGCCGUGGCCGGGAGACAAAGAGACGAGGGUGGAAACGGAGAACAACGGAGCGUCGUCCGAAAGUGCCACCGGAGAGCAACCGGAGAGCAACUCGAAGACCCGAGGAGGAAGCCGAGACCUGUCGGAGGACGGCAGCAAAACCGAAAGCGACCGAAACGACAAAGCCAAGUGGAGGGAGAGUAUGCCCGAGGGUGAGCGGUGGCGGGACGAGGUCGUGGAAGUGGACGUGAGCCGUAAAGGGGACGGCUCGCUCGCAGAUGAUGAAGACGACGAGGAGGUGGAGGAGGACGAGUCGGGGUACUGGAUGGCGGAGAAGGCGGCUCUGGUUUUCACCCCACAAGUCAACAUCUUGCGUCCGUCCAGCAAAGUUCCUCCGGAGGAGAGCGUCUACUACGCCGAGAGGGACGCCGAGAAGGAGGCGCCGACAGAAUCGGCACUGCCGUACUACCCGGAAUGGACGGAACAGGAGGACAAGUACUUGUACUUGUGCGAACACUCGUGCAGCGAGAAGGUCAAGCUGAGCCUGGGGACGGCUGCUGCUGUGGUCCUUUUCCCCCUCCUGGUGUGGGGAGGUUACGUCCUGCUCCCCUUUGACGCGCCGCUGCUGGAGAGCGCCCCCCUCAGGCUGAUCUACACACUGCGCUGCUCCUUGUUCGCCGUCGUCCCCAUUGUGUUGGGUGUGGUGGUACAGGGAGUGGCCAGGCUGCGUUACGGCGAGCUGAAGCCCCUUUGCGAGAGCAAGUUGGAGAGCAGGGAGGUGGCGGUCCACUGGCACUACGUCAACGACUCGAUGGCCCUCUUCCUCGUCUACUUCCUGCAGCUGGCCGUCAUGGCGAGCUACGUCAGCCAGGACCUGCUCAAGCUGGUGCCCCUGCUCACCAUCGUGUUCGCCUUCGGCAGGCUGAUCUACUGGCUGUGCCUGUCGAUGGGCAGCAGCGUGAGGGGCCUGGGGUUCGGCCUGUCCUUCUUCCCCAUGCUGGCCAUGCUGGGGGCCAAUCUGUACUUCGUCUGCCUGUCGCUCGGACAAGGGGCGGUCUUCGACGUGGCGCCGCCCACCACAGCUGCGCCCCCCCGGCAGAGGUGGUGGGGAUAAGAGGGCGAAGAACGGACGGCGGAAAAGACAGUUCGAGGUGGCGUUUCUUUUAUGCCCCCUUCUGUAUGAAAUACCCCAUCUGGAUAGAGGAUGAUGUGCCGUGGGGUCAGCCGAGCGGCGGUGUGCACCGUGCAGUAUUUCUGAGUACAUUUAAAUUUCUGAGUGCAUUACGCAACAAAGAAAUCACACAACAUUCCCACGGUGAGUAUGAAGGAAGGUGGUUGCCAGGUCUGCAGAAACCCUGUGAUCCACACUCGCACUGGAAAGGCUGCAGUUAGCGGGUCGUGUAACCGGUUAGAGAAAAGGUAGCGUGUCUAACGCAUCUAGUUAAGUAAAGAUCUUUUUAGGGUUAUUUUGGAUACUUGAUACCCUAUGAAGUGAAGACCCCCCCCCACCCCCAUUUCCCAUCACAUUGUAAGAUCAAGUGGGUGUGCACAAGAUAAGAUAAUUGGCACUAUUUCCUCAUAAUCCGAAGCUCUUCGUUAUGUUUAUUCAUUAGAAAUGGCUGUACUGCUUUAUGUUGUUUCCUAUGUUGAAGGAUUUUGUUAAUCUUGUGACUCAUAACUCGGAAUAAACGCAGG